GAGGAAUGUUGUAACUCUGUUUGCCUUUCCAGAUCUUCUCAGGUCACCAGUGAGGACUCAUCCCAUCUGUCCUGUGACUGCUGCUGGCUGUUGGACUGUGAGAGAGUAAACUCCAGGCCACAGAUCAUGGCUUCUGCACCUACCUGGCUGCAUCGAAAUUCAAGUAUGAGUGGCAGUGACAGUGACAGUGAGAACGAGAUGGAAAGUGAUAGCUACGGAGACAAUGAGAGCACUGAGAGCUUGUCUUCAUUUGAUCAAUCAGAAGAGGAAGAUGACCUAAGCUCUGAAGGCAUCAUAGAAGACCCAGUGGCUGGGCAUUUACAGAGUGAGUUUGAAAAUGAUGAAGAGAAGCGUCUGGAAGUUGAAGAAGUUACAGAUGUUAGCAGUUCUGAUUCAAAAAUAGCAGGAUUAACUAAAUGUGAAGAAGUUCUGAGGAAGCUCUCAAAAUUGAUCUGGAGAACUCUGUCAAACUCUAAGAUGUAGAAAAUAUGUAUUUUAAUUAUCCUGAGCUUUUGGCCCUUCGUACCACAUUGAUUCAACAUUUAGAACACAAUACUGAAGUUCAAAUUCGUACAGAAUUUUCCAAUUGCUUGUCUCCAGAAUGGGAGAUAUUUCUUAAAGAAUGUUAUCCAUACUUCCUAAUUAUCACAGAUAAAGGAAUAACAUCUCAUCAUACAGAUUUUUAAACAUUUUUAUCAUUCAUGCUCUUCAGAAGAAAAUUAAUAUUGUACUAUUUUUGGGACAAGAGACUGAUGUUCUUAGAAUUUAUGGAUACUAUGCCCCAAGUGUCUAUUCACACAAGGAGUUUUUUGAAAAGCAUGAAAAACAACUGCAACAUGCCUUACAUGCCUACACAAGAGAGUAUUUCCAGAUGUUACAGAAAAGAGGAAUAUUCCUGUAUGGUCGUAUGAAACUAAACUUGGAAGACAUGCAGAAAGAGAUACAUCAAGCCUUGUCCCUACUUCAGAAUCUGUGGCCAGAAGGUGCUGAUGUCAGAGGUGUGGUCUGCUCUGUGUCAUGUUCAGUGACUCUAAAACUCUAUGAAAAAAUGUUAUGUCAUGGACAAGCCUGUGAAAACCUAAACACAUGCACAGAAAAUUGUAAAACACAGGACUGGGAGGGAGCACCAACGCUGAAUGAAGCAGGAGACCUUUGCAGGAUGCUCUGCCUUAGUGUGAUUUUCCUUCAACAUUUAUCCCUGUUUCAAAGAGCUAAGAGCAGAAUCGUUACUCACACUUGGGACAGAACACUGUCACCAUUUCUAAGAAUGCUAAAGAGAUGUGAAUUUUUCAUCCUAAAACAGUUAAAGAUUAAUAACAAUUGGAAAGUGAAUUUCACCAGUCUCCCUGACUUAACUGAUAAGAUUUUAUGGAAAAAUAUCAUCUAUUAUUAUGAAGUUGAAUAUUGCAAAGAGCUAAACUUGGAAUUGGGUAACACCUUGACACAGGAAUAUGAGAAACUGUGGAACUCAGUCUUAACAUUAUCAGGGGGUUGUGAUUUUGGAGAACCCGUGCCCUUAAGGAGAACUUCCAGACCAUUUCUUAGACAGAAAGAAAUACCUAAAAAAAAAAAAAGAGGAUCAAGCCAAGAAAUUCACAUAUCAGGACUCAUCCCUCUAAAAUCCGAGCUUAUACAAGACUAUGCUGGAGAUAUUCUUGCAGAACUGCCCUUUCUAAGCAGUGAUGAUCCUGCUGUUAAGUCUCUUUCCAAGAAGACAGAAUGUGAUGAACACAAACAUUGGCAUUCUUCUAGACCUCUUAGUGAUGAUUUUGAAGGAGCUCGAUGCAACAAUGGUGCUAAUUGCAAAGAUGCCAAAGGAAGAAGAGAUGUACAGAAAUUACAUCAUUUUUAUUAUGACUUUGGAAAAUCUUUGAUAGGACGUAACAAACCUCUAAGGGUUGUGAGAGAAAAGCCUCUGAAACUUCCAGCAAGGUCUUCUAUGCAAAAGAAAAGGAAAUGCCAGAAGAGCAAUACAGAAAAACUUAUCGAAGAAAAUCAAAAGAGACAGCUAGCUAAACUAGAAAAAAGGGAGGAAGAAAGAUGGAAUAACUUGUCCCUGUCUAUUGAAAAGGAAAUCAAAGGGAAUCUUAAUUCUGGAGUGGGAAGACUAGAAGAUUUUCUCCAAACAUGCCCUGUUAAAUCUGUAAAACUUAUUGCUGAAAUGGUAGGAUUGGAGGCCUGUUUUAAGUCAUGGAUGGAAUACUGUCUAAAGCCAGAAGCAGAAUCUAAAGAUGUAAACAUAGUAAUUCAGAUGAUGAAAAGGAUUCACGUAAUCCAUGAUAAAUACUCAGAACUAUUACAAAAUUCACAUCGACAAAAAUUAGCCAAAUAUUUAAAAUAUGUUGGAUUUGACAACUUGGCACACUCCUUAUGUCCUCAGGUAAAAGAGUCCAUUACUGAAAAGGAUAUUUCUAAAUACUCAGUUUGCAUGGGAGCAGCGCGGUUUCAGUUAACACACAUGGGCCCGUACUUAUUUCGAGAAGAAAGAAGUGAUCCUGAUCCCAGGGUGCAUCAUUUCAUACCAGACACAUGGCAGAGGGAACUUCUUGAUGUUGUAGAUAAUAAUGAGUCUGCUGUGAUCGUGGCUCCAACUUCGUCCGGGAAAACCUAUGCUUCUUAUUACUGCAUGGAGAAAGUGCUGAGAGAGAGUGACGAAGGGGUGGUUGUAUACGUUGCUCCAACAAAGGCUCUUGUUAAUCAAGUGGUGGGAACUGUAUGCAAUUUAUUUAACAAGGCACUGCCAAAAGGACUAGCGGUGUGUGGAGUUUUUACAAGAGAUUACAGUCAUGACACCUUCAAUUGUCAGAUAUUGGUGACAGUGCCCCAGUGUUUUGAAAUACUCUUGCUAUCACCUCACAGCCAAAAGUGGGUGAAAAGGAUUAGAUACGUCAUAUUUGAUGAGGUUCACUGUCUUGGAGGAGAAAUUGGAGCAGAAGUUUGGGAGCAUCUGCUUGUUAUGAUUCGGUGUCCCUUUUUGGCACUUUCUGCUACUAUCAGUAAUCCUGAAGAUCUUACUGAAUGGUUGGUGCUAAUAAAAAGAUACUGGCAAGAUGUUGAGAGCACAAUGGAAGAUUCUGGUGCGUCACAAAAUGCCACGAAACAUUUAAAGAAACAACAAAGCAAAAGGAUAGAAAAGCCAUCUUACCGAGUUAGAUUGGUACGUUACCAAGAGCGAUACAAUGAUCUAGAAAAAUAUGUGUGUUCCAUAAAGGAUAAUGACUUUGUCAUCGAACAUUAUCACCCAUGUGGGGCACUAACAGUCAAUCAUGUAAAGAAAUAUGGAAUCCCUUUAGACCUUGGAUUAUCACCUCGAGAAAGCAUUCUGCUUUAUGAUGCUAUGGUACAUGUUUGGCCAGAAGGGUCAAGAAUGCAGGAGUUAGAACCUGAAGAAUUCAGUUACUUUAAAAAUAAAGUAGUCAUCCUGAGAGCAGAUGCAAGGAAAUACGAAGAGGAACUGAAAAAGGAAAUGAUUCGUUGGAUUCAGCUGGACCCAGACAAGGUGGAUCAGUUACUGAAGUACCUUAAGCCUCAAACUUUUGACAGUGCAGAAAUUGAAAAGCGAAGAAUGUUUCCCUGUUUUGUGGAAAAACUUAAAGAAAUGAAUAGGCUGCCUGCAAUAUUUUUUUCAUUCAACAUUCACUCAGUGGAAUAUGAAGCUUUAAAAGUUUUCAUCAAUUUGAUAAAGAAGCAAAAUGCUGAUAAAUAUCCAAAUUCUGAAAGACGAAGGAAAAAUUUGGAAAAGAAACUACAGAAAGCAAGAAAAUCCCAAAAGAGAGACUUUGCUGCUGUUUUAAAUUCAGGUUCAAAUGCUAUAAAUCAAAGAAUUAUUUUACGAACAGCUGAAAUAAGUGAGAUAAAGAAAAAUCUUAAGAAGCAUACAGAAGUUUCUCCAGACUGUACAUACACUGAUCGUGCCAGUGUAGAUGAUCAGACUUUCAGGAAGAUCGUACACAGAAUUAGAAGAACAAGACGAUACCAUAUACUGUGCAGACUGUUACGGAGGGGCAUUGGGUAUCAUCACGGCUCAAUGGAAUAUAAAGAAAGACAAGUUGUGGAAAUGCUUUUCAGAAUGGGGCAUGUUAAGGUGGUAACAGCUACCUCAUCCCUUGCUUUGGGGAUUAAUAUGCCAUGUAAAUCUGUUGUUUUUAUGGAAGAUUCUGUUUAUUUGGAUGCCUUGAACUUUCGACAGAUGUCUGGUCGUGCAGGAAGACGUGGAGAAGAUCUUAUAGGAAGUGUGUUCUUCUACGACGUCCCAUUACCUAAGAUAGAAAGGCUCUUGAAGUCUAACGUGCCCAAAUUGAAGGGUCAGUUCCCUCUGAGCAUAUCCUUGAUUCUCCGACUUACGCUGUUAGUUGCCAAAGCAGAUGACAAAGAGGAUGCCAAAGCUAAGGCAUUAUCAGUGCUGCAACAUUCGCUGAUGUCCUUCAAGCAACCAAGAAUCAAGUGCAUGUUAAAAUUUUAUUUCAUAUAUUCUUUGCAAUUUUUGGCCACAGAGGGGUACCUGGAUGAGGAAUGUAUUCCCAGGGGACAUUCUGGACUUGUGUCCCAUUUGCACUACCAUGAACCUGCAAAUUUUGUUUUAGUAAGCUUCCUGGAAAAAUGUUUAUUUCACAAGUUGUGCACUCCGAUGAACAUAGAUGGCCCAAAGAAAUUUUCUGAAGAUGUGAUGGAAACCUUAGUGGUGGUGUUAGCACAUCUUUUUGGAAGACGUUACCUCCCUCCAUGUGUGGAAAAGUAUAAGAAAUGUUCUCAUUCAGCGGUAAUUCUAGAUGAUCUUCCCGAGGACUUUGCUGCAGUGGUGGAGGAACACAACAACAGAAUCCAGAGGAACUUUGGUUCUUUCCUCCUAACAGUUUCUAAGUUGGCGGACAUGAGAAAAGAAUAUCAAUUACCUCUCUCAGGAAUCAACUUUUCAGAUAAAGGGUGUGAAGACUCCACACUGGUCUCUCAUUUGAUGCCUGGAUUGGAAAGCAGAACGGCUGUCUCUCCAUUUGCAUGCCUUUCCGGUACCACUGAUCAAGAUCUAUCUGACAUUACUGUGGUAAACGAUGCUAUGUUACGAACCCUUAGUGUGAAUGUAAAAGACAUUCCUUUACUCCAGCUGAAGAAGUAUGAUAAAACUGGAAGGAAAUGUCCAUUGAAUGGCUAUGCAUUGAACUUCUACAAACAUGGUUCCCUAUCAGCCCUGACCUCCGAUAAUUGGUUAAAUAUGGGAGAUGCUCUUAAUUCAAUCAGGGAUUUUACACUUGUUAUCCAAGCCAUCAGGGUUUCACUAAGUGAAUUAUGUGAUGACGAAGAUGACAAUGUCGUGUUGGCAUUUAAACAACUAAGUGAAGCAUUCCGCACAAAAUUUUGGAAAGAAAAAAGAUGCUGACGAUAUUGAACUUUACCUGAGUCCUGUGCUUCGGGAAAACAGGAAUGGUCAACACGUCCUCCCACCCGUUUGUGUUCUGGGAAAUGGCUCACUGCAAAGAGCCGCCUUACCCCGUAUGACUUAGAUAAGCCUGGACGAUGACCCCCUUCUUUACCUGUGUCAACCUCAGACACAGACCCUCCAUAUUCCCGUUCUUUGUCUCAUAAAUGAUUACCUAAACUAUUUGCGCUCAUUGGCCAAUCUGGACAAAAUAGCUGCCAUCUUGACUUGACCAAACUUCAGUCGGGCUUCUCCCUUCACCACGGGCCACUGAAUUUUGACACCCCCCUGACCCCGAACAGAGCCAGCAUCCGAAUGCCAAACAGCUACUCCUUAAGGACCUUCCCCAAAUCUUCUGAUGGCAAAGAAAGAUACUCUGUCAUCGACUGUCGUAUCAAGCCACCUGCUCAUCCCACUCCACCCAUACUUAGUUCGUUCUAGCCUUGUUUACUCCUGCCUGUAGAAGAAAAGGAACCCUGGUGGCACGGUGGUUAAGACCCAACUAAAAGGUCGGCAGUUUGAAUCCACCAGCUGCUCCUUGGAAACCCUAUGGGGCAGUUCUACUCUGUCCAGUAGGGUUGCUAUGAGUUGGAAUUGACUUGACAGCAGUAGGUAUAGAAGAAAAACCCUUCUCUGGUUGGUCGUUGAUGCCCUAGCAGAUCCUAUGCUCUCCCUAUUGUUUUCACUAUCACAAUAACCCCCUUCCCUUAUUGCAAUAGUGACCCUCCCCUUAUUGCAAUAAUCUUUUUUAAUAAAUUCUCUCCCUGUCUAGGGCUGGAUUUUGUUUGUUUGUUUCAUUUGAUAACACCUUGUCAUCCCAGAUAAAUAAAAUGCAUUAUCUAACUAAGUAGAGAUUUCACAGUUUCUUGGGCUAAUUAUAGAAAGGCUUCCUAGUGAGGAAGGUUUUCAGUUGAAUAUCUAAAUUCUCAACAGAUAUUCUAAGAAC